AUGAGCAACGCGUCGUCGGUUCCCAGCGUUGGGACGCAAUAUGCUCGCCGAGGAGAUCGUAUCCAGGAGGAACCCUCAGCCAAAAAUGCCCAGGGCCUGUUCUCUCCGGAUGCGUGUAUCUUCGUUGGAAAUCUCUCGACCAAGGUCCCAGCUGAUCAGUUGGCCGAAGAUCUCAAGAGAGUCUUUUCGCAUUUUGGGCCUUGUCAUGUCAAGAUUAAACAAGACAAGAAGAGAAAUUUACCCGGUGCUUUUGUACAGUUCGAGAAGGCGACCAAAGCACCGAACUACAUGAUCGUUAUCUCCGAGUUGAGAGAGCAAAGGGAAGACGUAGGCACAGGUCGUUCCUUCCCAACUCUGAAUUCUGAACUGACAAAAGUAGGAACGGCUCUUCUCGGUUUCCGCUCUGGUGCACCCAUCUCCGAACAAGAAGUAUUAUCUGUCUUAGGGGGACGUGGUGUUCUUGAGGCCUGGACAACAGAGCCCCAUCAGUCUGGAAAUUGGGUUUCCACUGUCGGUAAAGUGACCUUUGCCUAUGUGGAUGACUGCAAAGACGCCAUCAGGGUCAGUACCCCCCUCUCUCCUGCGAACCACAACUUGACACCUCUCCAGCAUUUCUUCAAGGAUCAUACGUAUUACCUAUCACUUCUCGACAUGGAUGGAAGUCCGCUUAAGCCUGGCUCGGGGUCGACGAGCGAUUCAUCUCAGGCAAGACCAUACAACUCGCAUCAGUCAUUUCGGGGCAAUCAUUCCCAGCGAGGAUUCAACGGUCGUGGAGGGCACCGUAAUGGACCCCCACGAGGUGGCUAUCGUGGGUUCGCUCGAUACCGCCACUCUCAGUACCACCAGGAGAAUAUGCAUCCUCGGGGUGGAAUCGAGAACAGUCACCAUCGUGGGGGGAUAUAA